AUGACUGAACGCAUCACGGUGUGGCUGACUCCUCCCGGCCCAAACCCAUGGAAGGUAGUCCUGGUGCUCGAAGAGCUGGGAGUUCCCUAUGUCAUUCAAUCGUUCAAGUUCGACGAUGUCAAAAAGCCUCCAUUUAUCAACAUUAACCCAAAUGGACGAGUGCCUGCGAUUGUCGAUCCUAAUACGAACUUGACCCUCUGGGAAUCAGGGGCGAUUAUACAGUAUUUGGAGGAAGAAUAUGAUAAGGAGAAAAAGCUCACCUGUGACUCAAUGCAAGAAAGACAGCUGUUAAACCAGUGGCUUCACUUUCAGAUGAGUGGGCAGGGCCCUUAUUAUGGACAAUGUGGCUGGUUUAAUGUCCUCCACCCUGAAAAGGUACCAUCGGCUAUCGAGCGCUACACACGCGAAGUUCACCGUGUCCUAGGUGUUCUUUAUGGUGUAUUGCAAGGCAAAGACUGGCUCGUUGGCGGCAAGUGUACUUUCGCCGAUCUAGCGUUUCUUCCAUGGAACGCGCGUCUGGAUUCUGUGCUUCUCACACCUCCCGGAGAGGAUCCCUUGACACCGUAUCCGAACGUACAAGCUUGGCACCAGCGAAUGCUAGCGCGUGAUUCAUGGAAAAAGGUUAUUUCUACUAGGGAUAAACUUAUGGAUGAUCAGGGGCUGCAGCCUAACGGUAUGCCUAAAGGAAUUACCAACAUGAAAGAGUACGAGGAAUACAUGGAAAAGCAGGCAACCGAACAGCCCUAA